CACAGCCGAACAACGUCUGCAAAUCUUCGGUAACAAAGUAUAUCAGAGAUCUUUAAGGUGAUCCUCUGCAUAUAACUCAAUAGGCCGCCCGAGCAUGCCGACGCUUCUGGCGGCUUGCUGAGUCAAUCAAUAUGGCCAGUCUCGAACACGAGCUCGAGCACCCAAAGAAGCGGCGCAGGCGUGAGAUUUCGCGAAUGCCACUGUCGGCUCGUCUGGCCUUUGAUGAUACCGUCCAGGGCAACGCUGCGCUUGUUCCUCGCAAACUCUGGACGAGCCUCGCAGGCACAGAACUGGACAAUCAACCGCCGACAUUCAUAGCCCUCACGCCAUGGUCUCCUCUACACGCUGAGCUGCAGGAAUCGAUAUGGACACUUCUCCCUGCUCAGCCGCAAGAUAUUCAUUCCACACCCGAGCCUCACGAGCAGUCCGAUGUGAUCAAGCUAUCACCGUCCUCCUUUGCUUGCCAGUCCCUUCUCAAGACAUACUCAGCCAUAGAUCGAGACCGUCAUCCAGGCCAUGUCCCAAAGUCCAUCGAGAUUCGAGCCAUCCACGCGAAACCUCUUUCUCUAGAGACCAUCUACGUGUCAGUCGAGAAGAAUUUGCUAGCAAAGGUGGAUGACAUCCAAGCCAAGUUCGGUGGUGGCUUUCAACAUGGAAAGAAUUCAAAGAAAGCCAAUCUGGCGAACGGAGUCCUGCAAAAUGUACCUGCGUAUAUGUCCCGAUUGACUACUUUGGUACGGGAAGCACUCUGUCGGAUUCCGAUUGUUCACUCAGGAGACGUGUUUCCCUUACCACUUCCUGCCCAUCCAAUUACCCAUGUCCGGCCAGCUCCUGCUAUUGUUGUGGAAUGUGAGCCUGUGUCUCAGGGACAAAUCUCGGAGAAGACCAAGAUAGUCUUGAUUCAGACGGGCUCGUCGCAGGAGAAGGCCUUGAAAAGACUGGCCCCAGUGCAACCAAUAAUCGAGGAGUCUCUAGAAGACACUGCAGAGGACACCUCCAAUGACCAAUUCUUCUCCGCAGCCGAGGACGGACAAGCUGAAACAGGGUCUGAUGGUGAUGACAUGUCUGACGAGCAUUCUGAUAGCGAUGGUGCCGCACAGGACCAAAGCGACGAGGAUUCUGACUCUAUGGACGACAUGAUUUCGUUGAGCGCUCCAGGCUUACCGCCACAGCAGGCAGGCACGCUCUCCGCCAUGACGGCCGCAACACCGAGACCUGGAGGGAAGAGAGCCACUGGUAUGCAUACUCCAGGAUCACUGUAUUCGAGCUUCACUUCGACCACGGCGAGGGCUGGCAACCGGCCAGGAAAAGUCUUCCGAACCGAGGCUCUGCUGCGCAAGGUACCGAUAGAAUUGAUGCACCCCAAGCCCGGCUCUGAUGAGGACGAUGAGUCCUUUGUUUUCAUUGACACCAGCUCUUUGGCAAAGAUAGGUUGCUUUUCUGGUGACUGGGUACGGAUCGAGGUCGCCAGAAAUGUCAGCGCUCAUGGCUUCGCACCUUCUGUGAUGAGGUCUCUUAACGGACUUGCGAAUGAGGAGGAAGCAGAUUGGCGAACGGUCAAGGUGUUUGGCAUCUCAGGCUUAUCGAACCAGCAGCCCCGGUACGCCGUCGACAAAAAGGGUGACAGACGGCCGAGUCUCUCCCAGAGAGAUUUGAUGAUGCCAUUCUCGCCGGCUAUCUACCUUUCGCCCAUCCUGCUUGCGAACUUGAAUAAUGCUCAAUUUGUCAAAGUGGGCGCCCUGCCAACGCCGCCCAAGACAUCACAAGUACCACGAUCCGGCAUUCCCAAAUCUCCACCAUUGGCUCGAGAAGUGCAAUUUUCCAAGAUUGCUGAUCCGACGACGACCAACCCGUCCUUACAGUCUACGCUUUUCUUAUCCCUCAAGCAUUACUUGGAAAGCAGAAAGCGCAAGUUAAAGAAAGGAGAUCUGAUCGCAGUACCAGUGGACCAGGAACUAGGAAAAGCCCUCUCGUCAACAAGCUCGGACGAAAAUGCAGGCGACGAGGAAACCAUAACAAAGCUCAAUACUCCGGGCUCAGCGGGCUCUCGCAGAUUUGCGUUGGCUUGGUUCUCCGUUGAACACAUCGAAGCCGAACAGCCAGACGGAGGCAACCAGCGAGAAGAAAAUACAUGGGGCGGUGUAGCCACUCUCGACAGCUCACAGGCUCGCGUAUCGCAAAGCGGUAGCAGCGUCCAGUCUGUGUCACAUUUGACAGAGACCUGGAGUCGUUAUUGGUUUGGCAUCCAGAAGCUGGGAAGAGGAGGCAUGCACAAAGUUGAUCACAUCGCUACUGCUGCAGACAUUCCAGCUCUGGAAAGGCUCCCACUCGAGAAGAGGUUAUCCAGUCUGAUCUCAGCUGCCGUGAGCAUUCGCGCAGCAAGCCUUGGUCUACCUCCUCUUGUUAUACUUCUUCAUUCAAGCCAGCGACAGGUUGGGAAGUCUUACAUUGCCGGUUCAGCUUGCUCGGUGGCUGGGGUCCAUACCUUCCCUAUCUCUGUCCACGACCUGUUAUCAGAGAAUGCUUCGACGACUGGUGGUGGUGAUGUAAAAACGGAAGCAUUGUUGAGAACUCGGGCCGAAAGAGCUCUGUCCGGAGGCUCUCAGCAGACUGCCAUACUGAUCCAGCAUAUUGAUGCGUUGACCGCAGAUAGAAUGGUGCCUACAUUACAGGAGAUCGUCUCUUGGUCUCGCGUGCUGAUCGCGACAACGUCCAAGAUCGACGAUAUACCGCAAGGCAUCCGAAGCCUCUUCUCGCACGAGUUUGAGGUGUCCGCACCAGACGAGGCUGCAAGAGAGAUUAUCCUGCGGAAUGCAUGUGUCUCAACCUCGACGCCUCUUUCGAGCACUGUCAAUCUCAAAUCUGUGGCGCUACAGACUGCUGCCCUAGUUGCUGGCGAUCUGCUCGAUGUUGUCAACCGCGCUUCACUUGCGCGACAAUCGCGGCUUCUGUCCCUAGCUGAAUCUCAAUCUUGUGGUUUGUCCGACAUAUACAUAUCCGGAGGCGAAGCUGCUGCGCAUCUCCUUGCCAGCGACUUUAGUCGUGCAAUUUCAGCGGCUCGAUCUACGUUUUCCGACGCGAUUGGUGCACCAAAGAUCCCAACGGUCACGUGGCAAGAUGUUGGUGGGCUUUCGUCGCAAAAAGAUGCUAUCAUGGAAACCAUAUCCUUACCUCUCACGCACCCAGAACUAUUUGCGAACGGCAUCCGGAAGCGGUCUGGAAUCUUGUUCUAUGGUCCCCCAGGAACUGGAAAGACAUUGCUCGCUAAGGCGAUCGCCACAGAAUUCAGCCUCAACUUCUUCAGCGUCAAAGGCCCUGAAUUGCUCAACAUGUAUAUCGGUGAGUCUGAAGCCAAUGUUCGUCGUGUGUUCCAGCGUGCUCGUGAUGCCCGUCCAUGUGUCGUCUUCUUCGACGAGCUGGACUCGGUCGCACCCAAACGCGGAAAUCAGGGCGAUAGUGGUGGGGUCAUGGAUCGUAUUGUGUCCCAGCUUCUUGCCGAACUGGAUGGCAUGUCAAGUGGUGGUGAUGGUGGCGAGGACUCGGAUGGCAAGACCUCGUCGAAUGCUGGAGGAGUCUUUGUUAUUGGUGCGACGAACAGACCCGAUCUCCUUGACCCAGCCUUGCUUCGACCGGGCCGGUUUGACAAGAUGCUCUAUCUCGGAGUCGCGGACACGCAUGACCAGCAACUUACGAUCCUCAAGGCUCUUACACGCAAGUUCACGCUCGCUGCGGAUGUGGACCUCAUGCGUGUCGCCAGUCGGCUCCCUUUUACCUAUACCGGUGCCGACUUGUACGCACUUUGCAGCGAUGCCAUGCUCAAAGCGAUCACCCGGAAGACGCGAGCGGUUGACGACAAAGUGCAACAGAUCAGCAAGACACGUGGAGAGGAGAUCAGCACCGGGUACUUCUUCGACCACCUGGCAACCGAGGAAGAUGUGCAGGUCGUCGUUAGCGAAGAGGACUUUACUGCGGCACAGAAUGAACUCGUCGGCAGUGUCAGCAAGAAAGAGUUGGAGCAUUUUGAGAGAAUACGGAAUCUGUUCGAGGAGCAAGACAUUACUGUUGGUUCUCAAGAAGGCAUUAAGAGCAAUGGCGUUUCCGCAGGGGCCAAAAAGGCCGAACAAGCGAAAUUACCCAUGCAUCCGGCUGCUCACAAUGCACCUCCUCCCGUGUCCCUGCCGGAAGAUCAACAAGAGACCACCGAGCAGCCUGCGCUCAUGGUACAGAACAGAGGCAAAGGCAAGCAAAGACAAAAUACGGCAUCGAACAUUAGCGCAUACCCAGCGAGCACGCAGACAUACAAGCAAGCAGCCAGAAUCGGCAAUCCUGACUCGGGCAAUUCCUCGGAUGCGGAUGCGGAUGAUGACUAUGGCGUGAGCAUGUCGCAUCUCAACGGGGCAGCUACCAAUGGCAUCAGCAGCGGGAAGGGAAAAGGAAAAGUGAAAGAAAGAACGCCGCCCGCUGACGCGGCAGAUGGCUUCUUCGACGAUGUCGAGGACGAUGAUGAGGGUCUUUAUGAUGAUUGAGGGCACCUCAGGACCGGGGUGGGCAAUGUUGAUGGGCUUGAACAGCUACGAUUGUCUGCACACAUAUGAAGAUCGUCAUGUCACAAUUUUGGUCAUGUGUCUUGUGACCUAGGCUAUGCAAUGCUCGCGAUGGGGGAGCGGGAGAUGCUUUUGAGAUUCUGACAUGUCAUGAUAUUUAGUCGCCUCAUGAUCGCAGGCCUCUGAGAGGGGGAAAAGUAUUUGAUUAUACCGUACGGAUACCGGAUGAGAUGGAAUUGCCCUGCCUUGCCUGUCGCUCUAAGGGCUACCUGGAGUUUCUGUGCUCUUCACCCGCACCAGCCAGGGCCUGCUCUACCAAGUACUCUAGAUCCA